ACUUCACACACAUCUUCUUUCUGAAGCACCAGAAGUCAUGGUCUUGAUCAGUGUCGCUGCCCUUUUGCUAUUGGCUGGGCUGAGCAGAGGGAAGGAUUUCCCCUUCAAGGACCCAACCUUGCCUUGGGAGAAGCGAGUGGAUGACCUGGUGAACAGGCUGACGCUGGAAGAGAUGGUCUUGCAGAUGUCCCGAGGGGGUUCCAAGAACAACGGGCCAGCACCCCCCAUUGAGCGGCUAGGCAUUGGGCCCUACAGCUGGAUCACAGAGUGUCUGCACGGAGAUGGGCUUGCUCCUGGUUGGGCAACUGCCUUCCCCCAGGCCUUGGGCUUGGCUGCAUCCUUCAGCCCUGAACUCAUCCAUCGUGUGGCCAAUGCAACAGCCACAGAAGUUCGAGCCAAACAUAAUCAUUUUGUCUCCCUUGGUUACUAUGGAGACCAUACAGGCCUCAGCUGCUUCAGCCCCGUAUUAAACAUCAUGAGGCAUCCACUGUGGGGCAGGAACCAGGAAACCUAUGGAGAGGAUCCAUUCCUGACUUCCCAGCUGGCUGUAGCUUUUGUAACUGGAUUGCAGGGCAAUCAUCCCCGCUACGUCAAGGCCAGUGCUGGAUGCAAACACUUUGAUGUCCAUGGGGGCCCAGAGAACAUCCCUGUAUCUCGUCUUCAUUUUAAUGCUAAGGUGGCAGAACGUGACUGGCGCAUGACCUUUUUGCCCCAAUUUGAGGCAUGUGCGCGUGCCGGAACAUUUAGCUUCAUGUGCAGCUACAACAGGAUUAACGGAAUUCCAGCCUGUGCUAACAAGAAGCUUUUGACGGACAUCCUGCGCAAAGAAUGGGGCUUCAAUGGGUAUGUGGUGAGCGAUGAGGGAGCUGUGGAGCUGAUAAUGUUUGGACAUCUCUACACCACCAGCUUCCUAGAGACUGCCAUAGUUUCCGUGAAUGCUGGAUGUAAUCUGGAAGUAUCCUAUGGGUUGAGGAACAAUGUGUUCACUCACAUAGCUAAGGCUGUUGCCAAAGGGAACAUAUCCUUGGAGACGAUCAAAGACCGCAUCCGCCCACUCUUUCUCACCCGGAUGCGUCUGGGUGAGUUUGACCCGCCAGCUAUGAACCCCUACAAUGCUCUGGGUCUUAAGGACGUUCAGACCAAGGCCCACCACCAAUUGGCUGUUGAUGCUGCCAUCCAAUCCUUCGUACUGCUAAAAAACAACCAUGGGACUCUGCCCCUUAACGCCAAGGAAAUCUUUGGAAAGAAGGUUGCGGUGGUUGGCCCUUUUGCAGACAACCAAAUGAUUCUCUUUGGGGACUAUGCUCCGGUUCCGGAACCCCAGUACAUUCAUACCCCAAGGAAAGGUCUGGCAAUGAUCUCGGCUCAUGUCAACUUUGCUGCUGGAUGUGCCUUCCCCAUAUGUGACCACUACUCCCUUGCUGAGGUGAAGUCCGCAGUUGAGGGAGCAGACAUUGUGGUGGUGUGCUUAGGCACAGGAAUUGAUCUGGAGAUGGAAGCCAAUGACCGGACGGACUUGGCGCUGCCUGGGCACCAGCUACAACUUUUGCAAGAUGCCGUGGCCUUAGCUAAUGGCCGUCCAGUUAUUCUGCUCCUGUUCAACGCAUGCCCACUUGAUAUUAGCUGGGCCAAGUCUCAUGAUGGCGUCUCCGCCAUCUUGGCCUGUUUUUUUCCUGCACAGGCUACUGGCCUGGCUAUUGCCAAGGUGCUGGUAGGAGCAGAAGGCGCCAGCCCAGCUGGCAGACUCCCCGCCACAUGGCCAGCAGGUAUGCACCAGGUUCCCCCUAUUGAAAACUACACAAUGGCAGGCCGGACUUAUCGCUAUUAUGGAGACGAGGCUCCGCUCUACCCCUUUGGCUAUGGGCUCUCCUUUACCACCUUCCGCUACAGUGAUCUGGUCACAGGUGCCGACGUUGUGCCCGUUUGCAGCAACCUCAGUGUGUCUGUGGUAGUGGAGAAUGUUGGCACCAGAGAUGGCAGCGAGGUGGUACAGCUGUACCUUCGCUGGGGAAAUGCGUCCAUUCCAGUGCCACGCUGGCAGCUGGUUGGUUUCCGCCGGGUGGCCGUACCAGUGGGUCAUGCAGUGAAGGUGCCAUUCCAGUUGUCUUACCAACAGAGAGCAGUGUGGUUAGGGGAGUGGCUAGUGGAGCCUGGCAGCUUCACUCUGUUUGCCGGUGGGCAGCAGCCCUUCCAGGAGACUCAUGCCCCUUCUAACAUCCUUCAAGCUGGUUUUGCUGUCACUGGGAGGGCUCAGGGAACCAGCCAGUGCUAGGAACUGGAACUGAGGAGGAGCACUCUGUUGGGUAGUUCAUCUGGCCAGCAAAUACGUCCAAAACAAAUUUUCAGAUAAAGCAAAGCACAGAAAUACCUUGGCAUGCGAAGAAGCAGAUAUACUGUAAAACAUUACGAAUUUCAGGUCUUGGUUGUUCAGGCUUGCUUUUUUUGCCAAGUGAGCAGCAUGGAAAUUGGCAGUUUUGGUCUCGGUGGGUUCCAGAAGCCAUUGAAUUGGGAUCCUGGCAGCUGACGGGAAAGAAGAAUUAAGAAGAAUGAUUAAAGCCUUUUUUCCAACAUAAGAAAUAGUCACACCUAGGUUUUUAGGAGGUUUUUUUUGCUCCUUGUGCCUUUGAUUACUUUCAAUAAAACUGAAUUUGAAAUAAA